UGGUCAUUGUGGUUGGCGCUCUUCUUCCAUUCGUAAGUUGACAUGCGUUCAGUAGCGUCUCAUCAACCGGCGUCGGCCAUUUUGCCGUCAUAUGCUCUUUGGGCCGGCGCUAAAAUAAUAUAUCCAGCCGCAUUGCGGCCAUCGGAUACUUAUUCAUUUCAAGGCGGAUAAGACUGAUUUAUCAUGUAUUUGUAUAACCUUACACUGCAAGGCUCUACGGCCAUCACGCAUGCCGUGCAUGGUAAUUUUUCCGGCACCAAGCAGCAGGAAAUAAUUAUAUCGCGAGGGAAAACGCUGGAGUUACUACGUCCUGACCCUAACACUGGAAAAGUCCACACGCUCAUGAAAGUAGAAAUAUUCGGCGUUGUCCGGUCGAUGAUGGCGUUCCGGUUAACCGGUGGCACUAAAGAUUACAUUGUUGUGGGGUCCGAUUCGGGACGAAUCGUCAUAUUAGAAUAUAUACCAGCAAAAAAUAUACUUGAGAAGGUGCAUCAGGAGACUUUCGGAAAGUCUGGCUGCAGAAGAAUAGUACCAGGACAGUAUCUGGCUAUUGAUCCGAAAGGACGAGCUGUGAUGAUCGGUGCAAUUGAAAAGCAGAAACUGGUGUACAUUCUCAAUAGAGAUGCUGAAGCGAGAUUAACAAUUUCAUCUCCUUUGGAAGCUCACAAAUCAAAUACAUUAGUUUAUCACAUGGUGGGAGUUGAUGUUGGAUUUGAAAAUCCUAUGUUUGCCUGCUUAGAAAUUGAUUACGAAGAAGCAGACUCUGACCCUUCAGGUGAAGCAGCUCAAAAAACACAACAAACUUUAACAUUCUACGAAUUAGAUUUGGGACUGAAUCAUGUUGUAAGAAAAUAUUCUGAACCCUUAGAAGAACAUGCUAAUUUCCUCAUAACAGUACCAGGUGGUAAUGAUGGCCCAUCAGGUGUACUUAUCUGCUCAGAAAACUAUUUGACAUAUAAGAAUUUAGGUGACCAGCAUGACAUAAGGUGCCCUAUUCCAAGACGUCGUAAUGACUUAGAUGACCCAGAGAGAGGAAUGAUUUUUGUAUGUUCAGCUACACACAAAACAAAAUCCAUGUUCUUUUUCUUGGCGCAAACUGAACAGGGAGAUAUAUUCAAAAUUACUAUUGAGACUGAUGAAGACAUGGUAACUGAGAUAAAACUGAAAUAUUUUGAUACAGUCCCUGUAGCAACGGCUAUGUGUGUUUUGAAGACUGGAUUUUUAUUUGUGGCCUGUGAAUUUGGCAACCACUAUUUAUACCAAAUUGCCCACUUGGGUGAUGAAGAUGAUGAACCAGAAUUCAGUUCAGCCAUGCCUCUUGAAGAGGGCGAUACAUUCUUCUUUGCUCCGCGACCUCUAAGAAAUUUAGUUCUUGUUGAUGAGCUAGAUUCGCUUUCCCCAAUAUUGGCUUGCCAUGUGGCUGAUUUGACAGGUGAAGACACACCCCAAGUUUAUUUAGCUUGUGGUAGAGGACCCCGAUCAUCUCUGAGGGCUUUGAGACAUGGUUUAGAAGUAGCAGAAAUGGCAGUUUCAGAACUGCCUGGAUCCCCUAAUGCAGUAUGGACUGUACGCCGCCAUAAAGACGAUGAGUUUGAUUCAUACAUCAUAGUAUCAUUCGUAAAUGCUACACUUGUGCUCUCUAUUGGGGAAACUGUUGAAGAAGUGACAGACUCGGGUUUUUUGGGAACUACACCUACGCUCAGCUGCCAUGCUCUAGGAAGUGAUGCUUUGGUACAAGUUUACCCAGAUGGUAUUAGACACAUACGAGCCGACAAACGAGUCAAUGAAUGGAAAGCCCCUGGCAAAAAGUCUAUUGUCAAGUGUGCUGUGAAUCAGAGACAAGUUGUUAUUGCGUUAACCGGCGGAGAAUUAGUCUACUUUGAAAUGGAUCCUACAGGGCAAUUGAAUGAAUAUACAGAAAGAAAAAAAUUGUCAUGUGAUGUUUCUUGUAUGGCUUUGGGAUCUGUGGCAACUGGAGAACAAAGAGCUUGGUUCUUAGCUGUUGGCCUUAUUGAUAAUACUGUCAGAAUAAUAUCAUUAGAUCCAGCUGAUUGCUUAGCCCCUCGCUCAAUGCAAGCUUUGCCAGCCAGUCCAGAGUCGUUAUGUAUUGUUGACCAACCAUUUGAAUCGGGUGCUAAAUCUGCAUUGCAUUUGAAUAUAGGUCUAAGUAAUGGAGUAUUAUUGAGAACAACCUUAGAUUCUGUGAGUGGUGAUUUAGCAGACACAAGAACAAGGUACCUUGGAUCUCGGCCUGUGAAAUUAUUCAAAGUCAGAGUACAAUCUGCUGAAGCAGUACUAGCUGUGUCAUCUAGAACAUGGCUAGGGUACCAAUAUCAAAAUCGUUUCCAUCUCACACCACUGUCAUAUGAAUGCCUAGAAUAUGCUGCAGGUUUCAGUUCUGAACAGUGUACUGAGGGUAUUGUAGCAAUCUCUUCAAAUACCUUGAGAAUUUUGGCCUUAGAAAAAUUGGGUGCAGUAUUCAAUCAGACUUACCAACCCUUGGAAUAUACGCCGAGAAAGUUUAUAAUCAACUCUGACAAUAAUCAAAUCAUAAUUUUAGAAACUGAUCACAAUUCAUACACCGAAGAAAUGAAGAAGCAGAGAAGAGUUCAAAUGGCACAAGAAAUGCGCGAAGCUGCCGCCGGUGGUGGGCCGGAAGAGCAACAGCUAGCAAACGAAAUGGCUGAUGCCUUCCUUUCAGAUGUUUUACCUGAAAAUGUUUUCUCAUCACCUAAAGCUGGAGCAGGUAUGUGGGCGUCACAGAUCCGCGUAGUUGACAUGAGCGUGAGCGGCGCUCAGCCGAGUACUGUGCUGAAGCUGCCGCUGGAGCAGAACGAGGCGGCCGUGUCCUUGUGCGCGCUGCGCUGGGCCGUGCACGCCGAGCACGGCGCGCUGCAUCUCGUAGUGGGCGUCGCCAAAGACCUCCUGCUCUCGCCGCGCACCUGUACGGAGGGGAGUUUGCACGUGUACAAGGUAUAUAACACUGGAAAAUUAGAACUCGUUCACAAAACGCCGAUCGACGAAUACCCUGGUGCGUUGGCAGCAUUCAAUGGCAAAUUGUUAGCUGGUGUGGGUCGCAUGUUGAGACUGUACGACAUCGGUAGAAGAAAAUUAUUGCGCAAAUGCGAAAACCGACACAUACCAAAUCUUAUUGCCGAUAUUAAAACUGUCAGACAAAGAAUAUUUGUAUCAGAUGUGCAAGAGUCCAUAUUUUGCGUAAAGUACAAAAAAAGGGAGAACCAGCUUAUAAUAUUUGCAGAUGAUACAAAUCCCAGAUGGAUUACAAAUACCUGCAUCCUAGACUACGACACAGUAGCCAUGUCUGAUAAAUUUGGUAAUAUAGCUGUUAUGCGAUUACCCCAGUCUAUAACAGAUGAUGUAGAUGAAGAUCCUACAGGAAAUAAAGCAUUAUGGGAUAGGGGUUUACUCAAUGGUGCUUCUCAAAAAGGAGAUAUUGUCGUCAAUUUCCAUGUAGGCGAAACUGUUACGUCCCUACAGCGUGCAACUUUAAUUCCUGGUGGCUCCGAAGCGCUGCUUUACGCUACUGUCAGUGGGUCACUAGGUGUAUUUCUACCAUUCACCUCGAGAGAAGACCAUGACUUCUUCCAACAUUUAGAAAUGCAUAUGAGAAGCGAAAACUCACCUCUUUGUGGCCGUGAUCAUUUGUCAUAUAGAAGUUAUUAUUACCCAGUUAAGAAUGUGAUCGAUGGAGAUAUGUGCGAGCAGUUCAACUCGUUGGAUCCUGCGAAGCAGAAAGCGAUAGCGGGAGACCUCGAACGUACACCUGCAGAAGUUUCUAAAAAACUAGAAGACAUUAGAACUAGAUAUGCGUUUUAAGUUUAAUAUUCAUGGAUUUGCUAAAUAUAAGGAAUUAUUCGUA